CGGUUGCUCCCUCCCGCGAGAGUAAAGUGUCUUCUUGCUUCCGGAGUGGUCUUCGCCGGUUGCGGAUAAGUAGUGUUUGUUGCUGUACCAUGGCGUCCGUUGGGACUCUCGCCUUCGAUGAAUAUGGGCGCCCCUUCCUCAUCAUCAAGGACCAGGACCGCAAGUCUCGUCUUAUGGGACUUGAGGCCCUCAAGUCUCAUAUAAUGGCGGCCAAGGCUGUAGCCAAUACGAUGAGAACAUCGCUUGGACCAAAUGGGCUUGAUAAAAUGAUGGUGGAUAAGGAUGGCGAUGUGACUGUAACUAAUGAUGGUGCCACCAUUUUAAGCAUGAUGGAUGUCGAUCAUCAGAUUGCCAAGCUGAUGGUUGAACUGUCCAAAUCACAGGAUGACGAAAUUGGAGAUGGAACCACAGGAGUGGUUGUCCUGGCUGGUGCCCUGUUGGAAGAAGCCGAGCAGCUGCUGGACCGUGGCAUUCACCCCAUCAGGAUCGCCGACGGCUAUGAGCAGGCUGCCCGCAUUGCCAUCGAGCACCUGGACAAGAUCAGCGACAGAGUUUUUGUUGACAUAAGGGACACCGAGCCCCUGAUUCAGACUGCGAAAACCACGCUGGGCUCCAAAGUGGUUAACAGCUGUCACCGACAGAUGGCCGAGAUCGCUGUGAAUGCCGUCCUCACCGUAGCAGACAUGCAGCGCAGAGACGUUGACUUUGAGCUCAUCAAAGUGGAGGGCAAAGUGGGUGGGAGGUUGGAGGACACUAAGCUUAUUAAGGGUGUGAUCGUAGACAAGGAUUUCAGUCACCCACAGAUGCCGAAGCAAGUGGAAGAUGCCAAGAUUGCAAUUCUUACAUGUCCAUUUGAACCACCGAAACCAAAGACGAAGCAUAAGCUGGAUGUGACCUCUGUGGAAGAUUAUAAAGCCCUUCAGAAAUACGAAAAGGAGAAGUUUGAAGAGAUGAUUCAGCAAAUUAAAGAAACUGGCGCUAACCUAGCUAUUUGCCAGUGGGGCUUUGACGACGAAGCAAAUCAUUUACUUCUUCAGAAUAACUUGCCUGCGGUCCGUUGGGUUGGAGGACCUGAGAUCGAGUUGAUUGCCAUUGCGACGGGAGGGCGGAUCGUCCCACGGUUCUCGGAGCUCACACCUGAGAAGCUGGGCUUUGCUGGUCUUGUAAAGGAGAUCUCAUUUGGGACAACGAAGGACAAAAUGCUGGUCAUCGAGCAGUGUAAGAACUCCAGAGCUGUAACCAUUUUCAUCAGAGGAGGAAAUAAGAUGAUCAUCGAGGAAGCGAAACGAUCCCUCCAUGAUGCUCUGUGUGUCAUCCGGAACCUCAUCCGUGACAAUCGUGUGGUGUAUGGAGGCGGCGCUGCUGAAAUAGCAUGUGCUCUGGCCGUCAGCCAAGAGGCAGAUAAGUGCCCGACCUUGGAGCAGUACGCCAUGAGGGCCUUUGCCGACGCGCUGGAGGUCAUCCCCAUGGCCCUUUCUGAAAACAGCGGCAUGAAUCCCAUCCAGACCAUGACCGAAGUGCGAGCCAGACAAGUGAAGGAGUUGAACCCUGCUCUUGGAAUUGACUGUUUGCACAAAGGCACAAAUGAUAUGAAGCAACAACAUGUCAUAGAAACCUUGAUUGGCAAAAAGCAACAGAUAUCUCUUGCAACACAAAUGGUUAGAAUGAUUUUGAAGAUUGAUGACAUCCGAAAGCCUGGAGAAUCGGAAGAAUAAAGAAGAAAUUUAGAAUAAAAUAUAGUAGUAAGAUGCACUACUGUGGUUAAAUAAAUGGAUGUCUUGUGAUGCAUCUACAGUAUUUAUUAUAUUACGUCCUUUUUCAGACACUGUAGAUGCUGUGAUGAAAAUAGCUGUUCAGUAACCAUAGUUCUCUUGUUCCGAGAUGUGUGAUUGUAGAGAUGCUGUCUCAUCAGCUUUUGUAUUCGUUACAUUAAAGGGGCCUCUUUAAACAAC